AUACCAUAAUGGCUAAGCCAAUAAAAAGUCUUGAAUUGCAUUAUCCAAUGAUCUAGUUUUUAAUAAUAAGACAUAUAUAUUGAACGCAGUUACAUGGAGGAUGCGAAUGACAAACACAGAUUAACUUCCGCCGAAAUAUCUGUAACAGUGAAUGUCCUCAACCAUGUCAUUAGGUUAAUACCUCUAUAGUAUAUUUUUAGAAAAUAAAGGAUUUUUAUUUAAGGAGUAAGAUGUGAUGUUGGGAUCAUCGCUUAUAAUGAACCUCGCGCCUCAGAUUUUGCACCCGUCCAAAAAUCGAUGAAAGCCACGAGUUUUCUUAAGUCACAAGCAACUGUGGUUUCUUGAAUGUCAUUUUAUGAAGCCCGCGAGUCAUACUCUUAAAAUGAAAACUUGGUCAUAUGAAAGGAUGAGCACCAGGACCAGUUUUGAAAAAGAGGCCAAUGGUAAUUCGGAAAUGGGCUUUGUACAUGCGGUUUGAAGUCGCACAUAUUUUGGGUAUAUAGCAUUGGGUAUCGAGUUACUGUUCCAUCGCGUUUGAAGAAUUUCAGUCAUCUCUUUUCUCCGUUGCUUUUAGAGUCGGAGUUGAGAACGUCUCUGUCGUGACCAAUCACGGAGGGACGCGCAUCAGAAAAGGGCUUUGCUUAACACUUGUCAAGCUUAAAAGAAAAAGGUGAGCGAAGAUCAUGAGAAGAUUGAGCAAGUCGAUGAACAAGGCCGGCGCUAAUAAAUUCUGAGCCAGAGCAGGUUGUCAACUGCUAAUGUACACGAAACUCUGACUUACGAUUAUCGAAUGCUGCUAUAAAUUCCAUUCAGUGCCAUUUUCAAACUAUUAAACCGCUAAAAACAAGUAUCGAUACGCUUCGUUACGUGGUAUUUGAAGUAGUUUGCUACGACUCGUCAACAGUCCCUCAACUCGCAAAGGGAACGUUUGGUUCUCUGUUUGGUGAUCCUGUCUGCAAUAUUACUAACUGGAAGAUGGACAGAAGAACCAUUAUUAAAGAUGUGAGAGAGUAUUCAGUAACUCUUACGGGUCUGAUAGGGUUACAGUUUCCAUGCCUAGUUUCUGCAGCACAACCUUCCUCGCCACUGGCUCAGUUUCAGUCUUAUGGUUUCCCAUUCAACAUGUCGGGUUUAACAUUGAGAGAUCACUUCUCUUUCUCCCCCGAAAAUCUCGCUCAAGGACGUUAUCACACUCUUGUCACGAAUCUUUUCAACCACCAAGAUGAACAGCACCUAUUCAAUAACUUUGCUACACUCAUACCAAAUGGGUACCAUGUCCACAGACGGUUUGGUCGAAAGCAUUUAUUGGCAGCAUUCUUUGGGGGUGGAGUAGCUGGAAAUCUCACCCAGUUUUGUUUCUACAUAUUCCAAAAAAUCCGCUGGGAGACUGUUUUACCAUCACCAAAGUCUUGGGGUCUUCUUGGGGAUUUGUUGGGCAACAAGGCAGAAAUCUGGAAAAAGCUUGCUGUUGAUAAAGCCUUUACUUCAGUUCAUGGAACAACACCAUGCAAAGGUGCCAGUGCGGCAAUUUGUUCUAUUGUUGCUGUUGAGACAUGUGCAAAUAUUGUCUCCUUAUAUAACAAAUACAUUGAACUAAGAAGGCGGCGAAGGCUGGGAAUAGCAGAUCGAGAAUGGGACAAUCAGAUGACACAAGAAGUGAUGUAUGAAGUGUGCCAUUUGUGGCUUGUGAUCACAGUUUUACUGAGUGACUUGCUGCCUUUAUUAGACAGUACAAUUCCUGGUAAAGGAAUUGUUAGUACAUUUGUAGCAUACUCAGCAGAUGGCAUAGGACAUGCAGCACAUAUGGGUGGUUUUGUAUUUGGUGUCCUAUAUUAUUUAAUUACAUUGUCUGGCAACAGAAGACAGGGUAAUAAUCGAUGAUCACAAUAUUGGUCAAGUAAGAAAUGGAAUGUUAAGAUGUUGGCUUGAAUGUUUUGAUGUCCAGUAAGUUGUUAUUCCAUACAAAAUGUACACACUGCUGUUUUUAGAUGUACACUAAAAGUUUAAUGUUUUUUAAGGUCAAACAUUUUCUGUAAUAUUGGUCUGUCUAAAGAGUGUAACAGUUUAUCAUAUUCUACCCCACCUUAAUCAAAGGUAGUACUUGAAUAAAAGUGAGCUUAUUGUU